UUUCACCCCUCCAGCAUCAGCAAACACGCACACACAGACCUCACAGCUGACACAUCGAGAGAUGGUUUAACGCGUACAAACACUCGCUGAGCACAAACACGUGCGUGUCUGGAGUUUUAAAGCGCCGUCACCAGUCUCCGCGCGUCAGUCGCGUCAAGGACGUGUUAAGAAAGUCAGAGGGAAUAUUUCAUCCGACUCUACAGCUCAAGAUGCUUAAAACACCUCUUACUGCCUUCUGUAUUGCAGUCCUGCUGAGUUGUAGCGAGGCAAAGCCAAAUGGAAAGAACAAAAAGGAAAAACAAGUUGUUCCUGCUAUAGAAUGUGACGUACGGGCAGGGAGGAUCAAUGCGCCUGAAUUCAUUGUUAAGUGUCCCGCUAACUGCAGGGAGACCAAAGAGAGGGUGUAUGGGACUGGAGUGUUUGCCUCUAUAUCCAGUAUCUGCAAUGCAGCCAUUCACAGUGGGGUCAUCAGUAACUCGGGAGGAAAGGUUAUUGUGAAGAAGAUGGCAGGACAGGCCAUCUACAAGGGCAGCUUUGCCAAUGAUGUCCGGUCUCUGUCCUUACCCACCUGGAGAGAGUCUUUUUCAGUCUCAGUGGGUAAACCAAAGAAAGGGGUGAUCUAUCCAUCCACUCUGGACUACGCCAACCCAAAGCAAACCACUGUGAAAACUGCACCAGACUACACAGAGCCCAUCUUCACCACAACAACCACAGCUCCUCCCACAACCACAACCGUGACAAUUCCCACCACCACGACCACCACCACAGCCCAGCCCACCACAACAUCAGCCAAGCCACGAGCCACUUUUCAUAAGGUUCGGGAAGCAGGGAGCAGUCAUCCGUAUUUCAGCGCUUUAGCACGACAGUCACAGAGCGUCCAAGGAAAAGGUCCCAUGCAAGCGUUUAGAAGCGGCUCCGUCUAUGCCAAUAGAUUCGUACCCCGAACAAACUCAGGUGUACAGAGAGCAGAAACAAAUGUUGGCGUGCGCAGACAGCCACAGGUUUCUUCUGGUUCAGCUUACGGUCGUGUGCAGACACCACAACAUAAUCCCGCUUACGGUCGUGUGCAGACACCACAGCAUACGGCGCAGUCUAAUCCCACAUUUGCAAGAAGAGAUUGGACACACCCUGUAAACACACGACCUGAUUUGUCGUCUGGGACCAGGAGACCAACAGAUAGUAGCCACUCCAUGCCAAAUAGUGGCUAUACAUGGACCAAGAUGAGCACAGGUGAUUCUACAGCACAUGACUCAAGGCCUGAUAACACAGAAUCUGAACCCUGGCUAAGUCACUUUGGACAGUACUCUCCUGAGUCAGAUGACCACACGCCUCUGUUAGAGACGACCCACAACAGAGGGAUCGAUGUUCUGGACACACCUGCCAGAGCUCCCGAGAUCAUCUCUGAAGGAGAUCCAAAUUGUAAAGUUGAUGUGGCGUUUCUAAUGGAUGGAAGCUGGAGCAUUGGGAAACGACGCUUCAAGAUUCAGAAAGACUUUCUCGUGGAGGUCUCUCAGGUCAUGAAUGUUGGUGUUGUUGGACCCAUGAUGGGCAUCAUUCAGUAUGGGGAUGAUGCAGUCACAGAAUUCAGUCUGAAACAAUUUUCCAACUCCAAAGACCUAAAAACAGCCAUCAACAAAAUAGUCCAAAAGGGCGGCGUUUCUAAUGUAGGGAAGGCCCUCUCCUACAUCAACAAACAGUUCUUCAGUGACGCUAAUGGGAACAGAGGUGGAGCACCAAACGUGGCUGUGGUCCUGGUGGACGGCUGGCCCACUGACAAAGUGGAGGAGGCAUCACGUCUGGCCAGAGAGUCUGGCAUCAAUAUCUUUUUUGUCACCAUUGAAGGUCCAGAUGAAAAUGAAAAACAAAACGUGGUUGAGGCCAACUUUGUCGACAAGGCUGUGUGCAGGACCAAUGGCUUCUACUCCCUACCUAUAACAAGCUGGUUUGCUUUGCGCAAAGCCGUUCAUCCCCUGGUGAAGCGAGUGUGUGACACAGAGCGCCUGGUGUGCAGUAAGACUUGCCUCAAUGCCAACGACAUCGCUUUCGUCAUUGACGGCUCCAGCAGCGUCGGAACUGGAAACUUCCGCACCGUCCUGCAGUUUGUGGCAAACGUCACGCGAGAGUUCGAGAUCUCAGACACAGACACACGUGUAGGAGUCGUACAGUACACAUACGAACAGAGGUUGGAGUUUGCUUUUGGACAGUACGACAACAAAGCCGAGCUGCUCAACGCUAUCAAGCGUAUAAACUACUGGAGCGGAGGAACCAGUACAGGAGCGGCUAUAACGUACGCUGAUGAUAAACUCUUCAGCAAGUCCAAACCCAACAAACGCAAGAUCAUGAUCGUCAUUACAGACGGACGCUCUUAUGAUGAUGUGCGGGCCCCGGCGCUGGCGGUACAGCGUAAAGGUGUGGUUGCCUACUCCAUCGGUAUAGCCUGGGCCGCACAGGAUGAGCUCGAAUACAUCGCUACUGACCCUGAUCGAGAGCACUCUUUCUUUGUGGAUGAGUUUGACAACCUCUACAAGUAUGUGUCAAAAAUAAUUCACAACAUCUGCCAAGAAUUCAACUCCCAGCCACGUAAUUGAAGCAGACAGAGAUUUGGAUCUGCUGGUUAUAUAAUGAAAAGUAUAAUGAUUUUGCAUUACCAAAUCACAAUCAUCCUAACAGUAUUACAGAUUUAGUAUAGCAGGAUGCUUUUCUUUUUAUACGAAUGCAUUAAAAGAAAACAACUCCAGUUUCAGUGGAUGGCAGUGGGUAUGUUUUCAGUGAUUUUGGAUUAAUGAGUGAACAGAGGUCAGAACGCAAUACAUAUUUCCUGAUAUGUAUGUCGAGAAAGACAUAAGAAGCAGCAAACACCUAACUUAUAGAGAGAUGGUUUUAAGUAGAGGAUUAUAUUUUUACAUAUUGAACACAAUCAUUUAAUAUAACAAUAAUAUAGUAAACUUGGAGCUAAUUUUCUAUGCAGAGCAAUGUUUUUGUCAAUUAAAAAAAUCAUUGUCUAAUAAAUUAAUAUGUUCAGUGUGAAUAGAGGCAAUAUGUUGUAAACCGUUUCCAGUAACGUUAGCUGAAUUUUUUUGCCAUUGCAUGUUAGAUGGGACCUUACUGUAAAAUACAAAAUGUUGGUUAAACACAAAUUUGAGUGUUUUGAAUAGAUGAUAAAGUCAAUGAAUGCGAACAUUCAGAGAGUUUUGUGUAAACCAUUCAAACAAGUGUCAAUUACAGACCUUGUGAGUAUUUUUGUCAGCUUCUUUAUUGUUGUUAAUGUAUAUAUUACUUCUAAAAUUUGCUUGUAAGUUUUUGAAAGACAAAGACAAUCAAUAUUUGAAUGCAUUUUUUAAUAAAAAAUUAUUAUUGAAAACCAGCAAA